UAUUAGACCAAGCAGCAAAGCACAAGACUAUGCAACACCAGUCAACUCUCCCAGUCUCUAAAGGAUCAUCCAUGGAGCCACCCUGUGUGAUGAUCCUCACUGUCUGCUGUUUCAGUUCAUCCAAAUGGGCUUUCAUACAGUAACACUGUCGGAUUGAAGACUGAUAUCGAGCAGCCCAUCCCUUUUCUACACAUCACUGCAGUGAUGAGGAACUGCGGCAGCAGUGAUGAAGCUCGAAAAAGGGCGUGUUUGGUUUCACAUUUAAAGUAACGGGGCUUUGAAACGAAACGGAUUUAUUACGCGUCUUUUACUGAGUAAAUCUACACCUUAAAGCGAAGAUGUAUUUGUGUGUGACUCUGCCGAUGCUCUUCAUCUUUAUGGAGUCUCAUGCAGAGCUAUUACAGGUGGUUGGUCCCGAAAAACCUAUUAUAGCUGUAGCUGGUGAAGACCUGGUUCUGCCUUGUAAUAUAAAGCCCAGCAUUAGCGCUGUGGACAUGACAGUGGAGUGGUACAGACUAGAUGUGGCAGACAUGUUAGUGCAUCUUUAUAAGGAUCGUGAAGACAGAAAUGAAAAGCAGGCUCAGACGUACAGAGGAAGAACUUCAGUUUUCAAAGAGGAGCUUCAGAAAGGCAACGCUUCGCUCAAACUCUCAGCUCUCACACUGAGUGAUGAAGGAGAAUACAAGUGUCUUGUUGUUGACAAAUCCAGGUCUAAGGACAUCACGGUUCAUGUCGUUGUUGAGGUUCAGGGCAGCAAGCCGGUGAUUACAAUGGAGAGUUAUGAUAACUCAGGAGGGAUUAAUCUAGUUUGUGGAUCCAGAGGCUGGAAACCUGAACCCAAGGUUCUGUGGAUGGACAGAAAUGGAGUCACUCUGCCUGCUGAAGACACACAGAUACAUAGAGACACUGAGCUCUUCAGUGUGAAACGUCGCAUCACUGUUCAUGUUCAUGAUAAAAGUGACUCCAACAGAUUUUACUGCAGACUUCAGCAAAAUCAUCACAUGAAGGAGACAGAGGUUAUCAUUAACAGUCCAUUCUUUGCUGCUGGGAAAUGGAUUGUUGGCAUUUCAGUUUUAGCAUGUCUUAUUGCUGUUGGAUUGAUAUUUAUCUCAGUUCUAUGUUACAAGAAAGACCAACAGAAAAGGACAAAGGAAAAAGAGAUUAAUGAGCUGAAAAACAAUGCAGAGGUGCAGAAAAAAACAAUUGAAGAGCAGGAGAAGCAGAAGAACAAUGAUGACAAUACGAUAAAGAAACUGGAAGAAGAGAUUAAAAAGCUGAACAACAAUGCAGAGGUGCAGAAAAAGAGAAUUGAAGAGCAGGAGAAACAGAAGAACAAUGAUGACCAAAAGAUAAAGGAACUGGAAGAAGAGAAACAAAAACUGCAAAAAAACUCAGACCAACAGAUACAGGACCUGAAAAAAGAGAUUAAAGUGCUGAAAAAUGAAACAGAGGUGCAGAAAAAGAGGAUUGAAGAGCAGGAGAAACAGAAGAACAAUGAUGACCAAAAGAUAAAGGAACUGGAAGAAGCGAAUCAAAAACUGCAAAACUCUUCAGACCAACAGAUACAGGACCUGAAAAAAGAGAUUAAAGUGCUGAAAAAUGAAACAGAGGUGCAGGAAAAGAGGAUUGAAGAGCAGCAGAAGCAGAAGAUCAAUGAUGACAAUAAGAUAAAGAAACUGGAAGAAGAGAUUAAAAAGCUGAACAACAAUGCAGAGGUGCAGAAAAAGACGAUUGAAGAGCAGCAGAAUCAGAAGAUGAAAGAUGACCAACAAAUAAAGAAACUGGAAGAAGAGAUUAAAGAGCUGAAACAAAGUCCAGAUGAGAAGCAAAAGAGGAUUGAAGAGAUUAAAAAGCUGAAAAACAAUGCAGACCAGCAGAUACAGGCGAUGGGAAAAGAGAUUAAAGAACUGAAAGAAAAUGCAGAGGUGCAGAAAAAGACGAUUGAAGAGCAGCAGAAUCAGAAGAUGAAAGAUGACCAACAAAUAAAGAAACUGGAAGAAGAGAUUAAAGAGCUGAAACAAAGUCCAGAUGAGAAGCAAAAGAGGAUUGAAGAGAUUAAAAAGCUGAAAAACAAUGCAGACCAGCAGAUACAGGCGAUGGGAAAAGAGAUUAAAGAACUGAAAGAAAAUGCAGACCAACAGAAAAGGACAAAGGAAAAAGAGAUUAAUGAGCUGAAAAACAAUGCAGAGGUGCAGAAAAAGAGAAUUGAAGAGCAGGAGAAACAGAAGAACAAUGAUGACCAAAAGAUAAAGAAACUGGAAGAAGAGAAUCAAAAACUGCAAAACUCUUCAGCACAGCGAUGGUAUAAGGAAUAAGUUGCAGAUGUGACUCUGGAUCCUGAUGCAUCUCAUCAUGAACUCAACUUAUCUGCUGCUAGAAAAUAACUGGAACACAAAAGUGAUAGAAGCCAGAGAAGGUGAUGGUCUUUGUGGUUUAUGAGGAGGGUCUGGUCUCUUUUUAUUGUUUAUCUACUCUUUCACUGCUCAUAAUUUUACAGAGAAACUCUAUCCUUACACCCAUUCAGUUCUAGGUACAAAGAAGAUAAGAAUACAGAGUCAAUGAUCCUCACUGCCAAUAUCAUUAUAUCUGCCAAUAAUCAUCACUUAGUAAAAUACAGUCACACACAGAUUUUAAAAGGUUAUUGCAACAGAUUGUGUAUUUCCAUAAUUGUAUAAAGACAAAAUGUUACUCCAGUUACUGUAUUAUUUACACUUUAUAUGCUGUUAAACUGAUUUUUGUCUAAAACAUUGUAAGAAAGUAAACGCUAUAUGAAGCUUAGUCAGGUGCACCAGUGACAUUUGUUUCUUAGAAAGGGUAACUUGCCAGCUCCUUCGCUUAAAUUGAAUGAUUUGAUUUCUUAUUGAGCAUAAACAACAUAUUCUCCACCCCUAAAAUCACCACUUGAGGCUCUAAAUGUGAUGGAAUUUAGGGAAGUAUAACUUAAGCAAAAAAUAUUAUUAGUGUGUUUGUGUCUGUGUAUCUGUGUAUAUGUGUAUGUAUCUGUAAUCUGCAGAAACUGAUGAAGGUUGCAACCCAGGAUUUGGGGAAAAUUACCCAGAUUAUGUCUGUCUUGCAAUAGACUAUCCACAAUAUAGAGAAAGUAGUGAUUUAUUGCAGUAGUUAAAACUUUGACUAGUUUAAUAUUUCCAGUUUUCCACUGGAAUAUAUGGAAUGUUUCAUUAAAGGUUUUCUGUACUCAUUUAAGUUUUUUGGUUACAUAAUCUGCAAAGGAGAUAUAAGCAUGAACAUAAAAUUCUUCUGACAAGUACUUAAUGUCUCUGGAUUCCCCAUGACCCUGACAAGGAUAAAGCACAUUAUGGAGAUGCAUGAAUAAAAUAAAGGAUGAAUGAAGGAAAUGCCUCACUUCCCUAUUUCCUCUCAUAACACUCUCAUUC